UUGGUAGAUGUCAAUGUUGUUGAUAGUUUAGUAAAUAGCCUUCUAUUAUUUAUGGUGAAUCUUCAUAAUUACCUUUUAUCUUUUAGUGAGGGGGCAACAUGGUAAAAGAGAGUCUCCGAGCCUGGGUCCAGGACGCUGAGGACAUCCUGGUGCACAUCAAUGUUGGAGGCCUGAAGCGCAGCCUGUUCUCGAGCACUCUAAGUAAUUUCCCCGAUACACGUCUGGGACGCCUGCUGGCCUGCGAGUCCGAGGAGGCCAUAUUGCAAGUUUGCGACGAUUACGACGCCCAACAAAAGGAGUUUUACUUUGACCGCAACCCGGGACUCUUCCCUUACGUACUGCAAUUCUACCAGACUGGCAAACUCCACAUCAUGGAGGAACUGUGCAUCUUCUCUUUCUGCCAGGAAAUUGAAUACUGGGGAAUCAAUGAGUUCUUCCUGGACAGUUGCUGUAGCUACCGUUACCAUGAUCGCAAACUAGAGAGCCGCCACAAGAGCUGGGAUGAGGAGAGUGAUGUUAGCAGUGUGGACACUUCUGUGGAUGAGAUCUCAGACCUGAACAAGGACAUCCAGCACUUCCAGGAAAUACGCUGUGGAAACGCCCGGAAGUACCUGUGGCUGACUCUGGAGAACCCGGGCUACUCCAUUCCCAGUAAGCUUUUCAGCUUUCUCUCCAUAGCUGUGGUUCUGACCUCCAUAUCCAUCAUGUGCAUUAACAGCCUUCCAGAGUACCAGCACUUUGACAAGGAUGGCAAACAAGUGGAGGAGCCGACCCUGCAAGCGCUGGAGUUCUUCUGCAUCUGCUGGUUCACCUUUGAGGUAGUGAUGCGGAUGCUUUUGGCACCCAACAGGAGAAAGUUCUUCCGCCACCCGCUUAACAUAAUCGACAUUGUGUCGGUGUUGCCUAUCUAUAUCACGUUGCCUAUUGACCUGGUGUUGGGCAGUGAAUCAGAGCUGGGGAACCUGGGCAAAUUGGUGCAGGUGUUCCGCCUCAUGAGGAUAUUCAGGGUUCUGAAGCUGGCCAGACAUUCAACAGGCCUCAGGUCUUUGGGAGCAACGCUAAGGCACAGUUACAGGGAGGUUGGCAUCCUGCUGCUGUACCUAGGCGUGGGUGUGUGCGUGUUCUCUGGCUUUGCCUAUACUGCAGAGUAUGAGGAGGACGUGGGCCUGGAUACCAUUCCUGCCUGCUGGUGGUGGGGCACCGUCAGCAUGACCACCGUGGGCUACGGCGAUGUGGUGCCCGUCACGGUGGCCGGCAAGUUGGCGGCCAGUGGCUGCAUCCUGGGUGGGACCCUGGUGGUGGCCCUGCCCAUCACUAUCAUCUUCAACAAGUUCUCUCACUUCUACCGCAAGCAGAAGGCCCUGGAAGCCUCGGUGAGAAACAACAACAAGAAGAAGGUCAAAGUGUGCAGUGACAAUGUGCAAGAGGAAGAGGAUGAGGAUGGGGGUUUGGAUAGGGAUAGCCAGUGUCUGGAGGAGCUGGAUGAGGAUGAAGAUGAUGGAGGAGUGGUAAAUUAUAGCUAUGUUGAUCAUCCACCGCUGCCUAUGGAGAGGUCCAGCCCGUUGGCGAGGAGGAAAGAGUUCUUCAACUCUGAGUGCUUCACCAUAAACACAGGACAGAUGACAGAAUAA